AUGCCGGAUGAGUACUCAACCAGCAUUAAGGAGCGCUCCGCUCUGCCCGAGACCACCUGGAUUUAUAGCAGCGAGCGACAGCACAAUAUCAAAGAGGAGAUAGACGAACAUACGGUGACCAGACUCCCUCCAGCAGCGGUAAUGGCCGCAGAUAAAUCAGAAGAGGAAAAUGAAUCCCCGCACACACAACCUACCAGCCCACUUACCCGACACACCACGAGCGAUGGAACCGAAUCACCCAGCCUAAUUAAUGGGAGUGAAGAGAAGAGAGUGAUUGUUCCGGCAGACCCGUUGGUGUGGACGCAGGAACACGUGGCCCAGUGGCUGGACUGGGCGGUGAAGGAGUACGGGCUCUGUGAUGUGAACACGUCGCUGAUGCAAGGCGUGGAUGGGAAGGAACUGUGCAGGAUGACCCGGGAGGACUUCUUACGCAUGGCGUCCUCCUACAGCACCGAAAUGCUGAUGUCCCACCUGGCCUAUCUCCGCCAAAACAGUCCGACGUUUACUUAUUCGGUGGUUCCGACUGUUCCAGCUCACCCAGUGCCUGCGAGGAACCCGGUGAAGACAGAGCCGUUGUAUGACGAUGUACGGCGAGGAAGCUGGAACUCCACCACCGGCUCCAUCCAACGAGGAUCUCCUCCUCAGACGCCAACCAUCAGCAGCACCGCCGGAGCCAUACGGGCCACUCCAGACCCUUAUCAGGUGUUGGGGCCAACAAGCAGUCGCCUGUCCAAUCCAGGCAGCGGACAGAUCCAGCUCUGGCAGUUCCUCCUCGAGCUUUUAUCCGACAGCGGCAACUCCGGCUGCAUCGCCUGGGAGGGCGUCAACGGAGAGUUCAAGAUGACGGACCCGGACGAAGUGGCGCGGCGCUGGGGGGAGCGCAAGAGUAAGCCCAACAUGAACUAUGAUAAGCUAAGCCGGGCUCUGCGCUAUUACUAUGACAAGAACAUCAUGAGCAAGGUGCACGGCAAGCGCUACGCCUACAGGUUCGACUUCCAGGGGAUCCAGCUGGUUCAGCAAGCGCACAACAGCGAGCCGGCCGUCUGCAAGUACACGGAGGGGACCUAUUACUCGCCACAGGCCAAGGCGCCAGGCCCUCUACCGUCACACCAUAGCCAGCCACAGAGCCUGCCCGCCCUCAUACCCGUGCAGUACUUCGGCACGCCACCGGGGGGCGGACUGUACUCGAGCCAGGGGGUGACAAAGCAACAUGGCGGCCAACUGGGGGCACACCUGAGCAGCUACUACUGA